AGGUCUAGGACUAGGAGCCUCCUGGCUACACACACGAGAGAAGAGAGGUGAUUAAGUCGAAGCAAAUUUCACGAUAAGGCCACUAGUGACUAGUCACACAAAUGGCUGCGAUGCUGUCAAAUUUGGUGAUUUUUCUCUUGUGCAAUAUGAAUUACCGCAACACGAAAUCGUGAUAUUCUCCAUCCAAUACAUGUGCAAAAGACAUGCUCUGUUGUGGUCCAAGGUUUGCAUGUUGCGCUACAGUUCUAUUUCGGGUCUGGGAUUUUUCUGUCAUUCGUGUUCAACCAAUCAAAAUACUCGUAUCGGACACACCUCCAAACCUGUAUCCUGUAUCUGUGUGGACUGUGGUGGCUGUGGCUGUGCUGUGGGGAAAACCAAGGACAUUAAAAGUGUUUUUAAGUCAAUAACUACAUUUUUUUUGCUGACCGGAUAUCUUAAGGAUAUUGAGUUGUUAUGCCGAGGCUAGCCUCUCUUCAGUCUCUGUAUCGCCUUUGUCGAUCUUCAUCCUAUCUUCCAGUAGCCAGUGUUACACAAGCUUCCUCCUGCUAUCAACAACAUAUAAGAUCAUUGGAAACGAUGGCCAGUGAUAAACUCAAAGCAGCUGAACACCUAAAAGGGUUGGAGGGAAGUGUAUGGGUUGAAUUUGUAAAGCUUGCUACAGAAGAGAAGGCAAUUAAUCUUGGUCAGGGCUUUCCAGACUUUGCUCCUCCAAACUCUGUCACCCAAGCCCUGACAGAAAUCAUUGCUCCAGGUUCUAACCCUCUUAUGAGCCAGUAUACAAGGUCAUAUGGCCAUGCAAGACUUGUGAAUGCCAUUGCUGCUAUGUAUACCAAGUUCAUGGGUCGUGAAGUAGACCCGAUGACAGGUGUAUUGGUAUCAGUAGGUGCGUACGGAUCUCUCUACUAUGCAAUCAACAGCCAUGUCAACCCUGGUGAUGAGGUAAUCAUCAUAGAACCUUUCUUUGAUUGCUAUGAACCAAUGGUCAGGAUGGCUCGAGGUGUACCCAGGUUUAUUGCUCUUAAACCAACGAAUAAAACAGAAGGUGUGACAUCAACCAAAGAUUUCACUCUUGAUAUUAAUGAACUGAGGGGUCUCUUUAACUCAAAGACUAAAGCUAUCAUCGUCAAUAACCCUAAUAACCCACUCGGAAAGCUCUUUACAAGAGAAGAACUAACAGAAAUUGCAGACCUGUGCAAAGAGCAUGAUGUCAUUUGUAUCAGUGAUGAAGUUUAUGAACAUCUUGUUUACGAUGACAAUAAGUUCACAAGGAUUGCUACCUUGCCUGAUAUGUGGGAUCGAACUAUCACUGUGUGCAGUGCAGGAAAAAUAUUCAGUGCUACAGGCUGGAAGCUUGGUUGGAGCAUAGGACCACAGCAUCUGAUUAAGAAUUGCCAGACACUUCAUCAGAACUGUGUUUAUACUUGUCCAACACUGAUCCAGGAAGCUGUAGCGAGGGGUUUGGAGAUUGAGUUUAGUCGUCUUGGCCAGCCAGAAUGCUACUUCUUAGAACUACCUCGAGAGUUACAAGAGAAACGAGAUAAGAUGGCUAAGAUCUUAAGAGAGUGUAACCUGACCCCUAUCAUCCCAGAUGGAGGAUACUUUAUGAUGGCACAAUAUGGUCACUUAGGAGUGGAUGUAAGUCAGUAUGGAGAUGGACCUCAGGAUUAUAAGAUGGUUAGAUACCUUACCAAAACACAGGGUGUAGCAACUAUUCCCUGUAGUGCAUUCUACAGUGCUGAUCAUAAGAGUCUUGGAGAGCCAUAUAUCCGCUUCUGUUUUAUCAAGGACGAUUGCACAAUCGACAAAGCAGCUGAGAAACUCAAAGCAUUUAGCAAAUCCCUGAAGGCAUAGAUAAUGGCUGAGUAGCUGGAAAUGUGCAAAGCAGAAGAGAUAGAUAUUUCUCUUUUAUCAAUGUAAACAAUGUAAUUUUAACAAGUACAUUUAAAAUCAUCACAGCCAUAGAUCUUCACCUUUCUUAAGAUCGUAAAAAGAUAAACACCUUAUUCUAUGAUUGGCUAACAUAUGACAGGUUUGCAUUCAACUUGUUUGAUUUGGAGUUGUACUUUUCAGUUAAACCUGGGGAGCGUUUCAUGAAAGGACUUGCCAAACGUUUUAUCCAACAGUUACCAUAGUAACAAUGCUACUCAGCCAAUCAGAUUCAAGAUAAGAUGUCAGAUCUGACACCUUGUCGAACAAAAAUGUUGAUGAAAUGCUAUCCUGGAGUAUAUAUUAUAUCCAAGGAAUCUGAUAAAUGCAUCAUGUAAUCAGUGAGAGUAGUAUUUCAGGAGAUUCUUAGGUGUGACUUUGAUAUACAAGACACAUGUGGUGUCAUGUUCCAGGUACCAUCUAUCCUCAUUCACUAAUUGUAUUAUGCAAGAACUCAUUUAUGAUUUUUGAUCGUUAAUGAUUUAAUCACUGUAACCUGAAAUCAUCUUGAAAAUCAUGGCUUGGUGAAUUGAGGGAAAUGAAAAGAAUUCUGAAAAAUGACUGCCCAAGAUAGAUGUUAACGGAUGAAGCCUGCCAUUCUUCUAGAAAUGGAAUUGGAGUGAAUUUGAAGUCACAAAUUAAUUUGUGACCAUAUUGAAAUAUUAAAAGUAACCGGUUUUCCCUAAUAAAUGUCGAUUCUGUUUUGGAAAUAAUAGAUACAUACAUUAAAUAUUUUGCUCAAUUUGGACUCCCAAGUCACGAACUCCUUUUGUGAGUGUGUAUGUGUGUGUGAGUUUGGGUUUUUAUGAGCAUAUCCAUGCAAAGAAGUAUAUAAAUAUAAAUAGUUUGCAUAAUAAGGUGUAUAUGAACUAAAUUGAUAUCACUACCACAACUUCAGUGUAAACACUACUAUUAGAUUACAUGUAACUGGAUUACACAAUAUGUUAUCAUAUUACUCAGUUUAAGUGUUAAACUCUCUCACACCAAACCUGGUUCGUACACAAAUUCCCUUUUUUCUAUGCUUUAAACAUGAGAAAAAAUGGUUUGAAACAAGGAAUUUGAACCAGGGUAUGUGUAGAUUUCUUGCACAUACAUGUAUUAUUAACUAUGCUUAGUUUUUGCAUGCAUUUCUACUUGCAAAAGGUCAAAUAAAUUAAGCUCAUUUUAUCAUAUUGUGCUGUAUUAAAUUCACGUUGCUAAAGUGUAAGACAAUUAUGGUUCAUUUACCUCAAUUAAAAAGAGAUGUUUUGCUCAUUUGAAAUGGACUGUUUGAAUGAAUAAUUUAUACAAACCAUUGUCUUUAUCAGAGCCAAAAGCAUGAAUUUAGUACCGUCAUAAAUCCAUGCAAUCAUUAUUGCACUGUUCUUGAUAUACCGGUACGCUAAAUUAAACUUAAAAACUGCAUAAACAAUGGUUCCAAAACCAUUUUUUUAAAUUUCAAGUCUACAUGUUCAAGGUUUUUUCCCCCAACAAGGAAUUAGGUGAUCUCUUUAAAAAGAUUAAUGUUAAAAGGUGAUUAUAAAUGAAUGUAGAUUUUCAUUGUUGACAGAUGGGGUGAAUAAUUUUCUUUUAAUAUGUAAAAGAAUUAUUUUCUCAUGUGAUAUCCCCUAUAAUAUUGAUGUUUAAUAGUUUACUACUAAAUGGAAAUUAUUUUUAUGUACUUGCCAUCAUUGUAUUUUAGUGAAGUAUUAAAUUCAUUUGUUUAUGGUUUGAUUUUAUCCUUUUAUUGAAUGAAGCACUGUUGAAAUUUUUUUUUUGUCUAUUUUAUCAUGAGUUUAUUUGGUUCAUUAAUAAUUCAUUGUAAUCCUUUAUAAUCUAAUUUGGAAAUACUUUGCAGAGUGUGCUUAUUAAAUAGGCUUCCCCUAUUUCAAUACCAUUGAUAAUAUAUUUUAAAAGUCGAAUCUAUCGCUUUGGACAUUUGUGAGGGAAAAGUUACAAUAGUUCAGUCUUUUGUGAAAAAGAUAUAUAGGUAUUUAAUAUAGGGUAUUUAUAUUGCGCACAUAUCCACCUUGUUAGGUGCUCAAGGCGCUCCUAUAUUACCCGGCUAAGCUAGGCGUUCAUAGCGCACACAGCUUUUUAAGGAAUUACUUCCUACCGGUACCCAUUUACCUCACCUGGGUUGAGUGCAGCACAUUGUGGAUCAGUUUCUUGCCGAAGGAAAUUACGCCAUGGCUGGGAUUCGAACCCACGACCCUCUGUUUCAAAGUCCGAAGACUAAUCCACUGGGCCACAACGCUCCACAUAUAACAUGAAAUGGAAUGGAUCACAACUGUGUUGGACCAUUGUGUAUCCCAUAUGCCCUCGUUUUCAAUGAUAAUUAAAUAUUAAUAGUUUGAUGGAAUGAUAUUAAAUAAUCAUUCAUUCACUUUGAAUUUAAAGGUGGCUGACAUUAUUCUUCAACUUUUUUUGUAGAUACAUGAAUAGAAUAUCUUUCUUUUACUCUAGAUACCUUACUUUGUAUUAUGGGAGUAUUAACAUGGUAAUGGAAUGUGUGUAAUGAAUACAUGAAAUAAAGAAUAUAUUUGAUAAAACACA